UGGACGUGGAUUUGGCCGCGGCCGCUCGCACCCUAGCCAAGGGCGCAUCACGCUGCAUGCUGUGCCUAGCCCCGACGACGCCGCUCAAAUUUUUGUUGACCGCACCCUCCCCAGCAUGUUUGUGCCAUGUUUAAUUGAAUCUCUGUUGUAAUAGGAUGAUGGAUAAAAGUAUUGGUGGCUCAAGUGCUCGCGCUAGCGAAUCUGAAGAAAUAUUUGGGACAGAUCAGUGGGCUUUUGGGUUUUCUGCCGCUUUGCAUUCUUUUGAUGUUCCUCCGAACCCCCAGUUCAACAUGCAUGGCUCGUCCCAAAUGUCAUGCCCACCUAUAAAUGAGCAACCUAGCCAGGGGCUCUCCAUUGACAACAACAUUGGCUCUGAGGACCCUCCAUCAUUGAAAUCACAGAGGGCUGCAAAGAAGAAGAAGGUGUCCAGGAGAGGAAUUGCAUUCACCAAAGAGGAGGACAUGGUGGUGUGUUCAGCAUUUCUGAAUAUUAGCAAAGACCCUAUUACAGGUGUGAAUCAAACUUCAAGUGGUUAUUACAAGAGGAUGCGUGAUUAUUUCAAUGAGCACAAACCUGAAGGGUCCAACCGUAGCCAGAUUGCUAUUCAGCACAGGUGGGCAUUGAUUCAGAAAGCGAUAAACAAGUUCUGUGGGCACAAAGCAGCUGUUGAUAGGCUAAAUGAGAGCGGAAAAAAUGAGCAGGAUCGGAUAGAUGAUGCUGUACAAAUGUACGAGAAGACAUAACCUUUUACCUUCAUGCAUUGUUGGAAACUACUUCGCAACGAGGCCAAAUGGAACAAUAAGUUUCUUGAGCUAAACAACUCUACAUCACCUGAUCGAAUGGAACCUCCUUCAACUCAAGGCCAUACUGUAGCCGGCCAUGCAGAAUCUGGGAAUGAGAAUAUAGACACAACACGGCCUGAGGGUAGGGAUAGUGCGAAGAGGCGUAGAUUGAAGAGCUAUGCAGAGACAUCAUCAUCUAGUACAACAGUUGAAGUCCUCCAGCGGUUGCAGGAGAAAUCAGAGAAGACCGAACUGAAGCAAGACCAGCAGAUGGUUGAAAUCCUUAGUAGGAAGGACGAAAAAAUUAAAAUUCAGAGGGAUCUUUUCAACCUUCAGAAGAAGCAUAUGAAGAUGAGUGUGAAGCAGCACAAGAAGGAAAAUGAGAUUAGGGAGAAGCAGACUGAGGCUCAACUGAUGUCAGCUGAGUCUAGUAUUAUGUCCAUUGACAUUGAGAAGGUCCCCCCUUAUCUGAAGAACUAUUAUCUAGGCAUGCAACGACAAAUCAUGGAGCGCAGAGGAUUCAGUAGUCCCUUGAACAACGGAGACUAAGGAGCGUGUGUGUUGAAUAUAUGUCCAACUUGGUUCGCUUGAGUUGAACUUUUCUAUUGUGUGCAACUUUGUACUAUUAUCUAUUGGAGUGAUGUGUGUCUGUUCAUGUA